AGGACCUGUUAAUGAUCUCUUCCUGAACUUAAAAGACUGUUUUUAUCUCCUGCAAAAUGGCCACUUUCUUUGGAUCCCCACCAUUUCUCUCACACCCAUUUACAAGAACUCAUCACCUCUCCCUGUCUUCUUCACAGUCACCGGUGCCGCCUCCUCCGCCACCAGCUUCCCAACGUCAGUCUCCAUCUCCAUCUCCAUCCUUACGUACAGAGUCAUUGCCGGAGCAGCAGUUUAAAGUGGAACAACAGAAACCCGUAACACCAGUGACCACCACCACCACUAAGGUUGAGUCGACGGACUGGAUAGCUUCCAGCUUAACCAGGCGGUUUGGACUCGGAGCUGGACUUGCAUGGGUUGGCUUCCUGGCAUUUGGGGUAAUCUCUGAACAGAUCAAAACCCGCCUUGAAGUCUCCCAACAAGAAUCUAACACGAGGGAUGCAGAGAAGGAAGAAGAGGUGGUUUUGCCUAAUGGAAUCAGGUACUAUGAGAUGAGAGUAGGGGGUGGUGCUUCUCCAAGGCCAGGAGAUUUGGUUGUGAUUGAUCUCAAGGGAACAGUAGAAGGCAGUGGGGAAGUGUUUGUUGAUACUUUUGGCAGAGACAAGAAGCCAUUGGCACUGGUUAUGGGAUCAAGGCCAUAUACUAGGGGGAUGUGUGAAGGUAUAGAGUAUGCCUUAAGGUCUAUGAAGGCAGGUGGGAAAAGGAGAGUGGUAAUCCCUCCUAGCUUGGGCUUUGGGGAGAAUGGAGCUGAUUUAGGUUCUGGUUUGCAAGUACCUCCAUCUGCAACUCUUGAAUACAUUGUUGAGGUCGAAAAAGUUUCAAUUGCACCAGCUUAGCUUGGUUUA